AUGGAGACCGAAGGCUACAGCGACCUCCUGGAGACCAGCGACGGGCAGCUGGCGGGCCCGCCCGACGGGGGCCCGGGGCCGCCGCCGGGGGAGGGCUGGAGCAGCCCCUACCCCCUGGGGUUCCAGGUGUCCCUGACGGCCGUGCUCCUGCUGGAGCUAGUGCUGGGCUUCAGCAGCAACCUGACGGUGCUGGUGCUGUACUGCGCCCAGUCCAACCUGGUGGACUCCGUCUCCAACCUGGUCACGGUCAACCUCCACGUGCUGGACAUCCUGGUGUGCCUGCUGUGCCUGCCGCUGACCGUGGCCGUCAUCCUGCUGCCGGCCGACGGCGGCGGCAGCGUGGGCAGCCUGGCCACGCUGUGCUGCUUCCACGAGGCCUGCGUGACCUUCACCAGCGUGGCCACGGCCGUCAACGUGCUGGUCAUCAGCCUGGACCGCUACGACAUCUCGGUGCGGCCGGCGAGCCGGCUGCUGACGCCGCGGCGCGCCUUCGUGCUGCUGGCCUGCGUGUGGGCCGUGUCCCUCGCCGUCUUCUUCCUGCCCUUCCUCGAGGGGGACUUCUUCUCGAGCGCGGAGGACGGCGACGGCGUGCAGCAGAACCCCUACGUUGAUCUCACCACCGGACUGAUCCCCGUCCUCCUCUCGUCCCCCUCCUCCUCCCCCUCCUCCUCCUCCUCCUCCUCCUCCUCCUUCCCCUCCUCCUCCAGCCCCUCGCCACCCCACCAUUUGUCCCCGGCCUGGCAGAACCGGACCCUUCUGUGCGUGGGGGGCCAGGGCUACUACACGGGCCUGUCCAUGUACUACCACCUGCUGCUGCAGGUGCCGUGCUUCUUCGUGUCCGUGGCGGUCAUGCUCUUCACCUACUCCCGCAUCCUGCAGGCCCUGAACAUCCGCAUCGGCUCCCACAUGAUGAGGGCCACCCGGGCCACCCGGUCCUCGGACUCGGGCUGCCGGAUCCUGCGGAGGAGGCGCCAGCGCAAGGACCUGGCCCUGGCCACGGCCACGCUGUCCUCGGGCCCCGUCCAGAGCCAGAGCCAGGCCCCCCUGCUGCCGUCCCCCGUGCCCACGCCCACCUCCCCCCCGCCCAUCUCCUCCGUGCCCCUCGUGGUGUCCGACAGCGGCACCACCGUGACCGCCAUCACCACGGCCGCCACCACGCCCACCGCCUCCACCCCGGCGCCCCCGGUCUCGCCCGGCCCGGCCGCCGCCGUCGCCACCCCCGCCCCCGCCGCCGCCGCCCCCCCUCCCUCGGGCCGGCCGGCGGCGCCGCUGCCCGCCUCCUCCACGCUGGGCGUGCAGGCGUCCGUCUCCGCCAUCAUCGCCCUGCGGCGGGCGGUGCGGCGCCACCGGGACCGGCGGGAGCGACAGCGCCGGGUGCUGAAGAUGUCCCUCAUCAUCAUCUCCACCUUCCUGGGCUGCUGGGCGCCGCUGUCGGUGGUCAACGUGCUCAUCCUGUGCCUGGGCCCCAGCGACGGCCUGGUGAGGAUCCGCCUCUGUUUCCUGGCCAUGGCCUACGGCACCACCAUCUUCCACCCGCUGCUCUACGCCUUCACCCGGCAGAAGCUGCGGCGCGCGCUGAAGACGCGGGUGAAGAAGAGGGUGGUGUCGCUGCUGCAGGUGGACCCGGCGCCCAGCGGGGGGGCCGUCAUCCACAACUCCUGGGUGGAGGGCGGCGGGCAGAGGAAGGCGCGCAAGUCCCGCCUGGAGGCCAGCGAGGCGACCGAACGGGGCCUCACAGACGCGGUCAGGGAGUGA